CGUCUAGCUCCGUCUGGCUCUUCAAGACCUCAGUUUCUCCUUAUAUAUACCGUCACCUCACUCCUUAACUGUUCGUUCUGACUCACCUUCCUUCUCUCGUCUAUCGCCAAACCGCUUGAUUGAUGAGGCUGUUUGCCUCCCCCCGACGUGGCACAGACUGAUGGUGGACCGUAUGCCAACGCCUUCGCCUCAAUAUGACACCUGGUCACCGCUUCUCGAUGACAGCUCUAACAGGACACCCACGGACAGCGGGAUGCCCGACAACGGCAUCAACGGACGGGGAGAAGCAGAUGAUGGAGCCGAGGAGAUCGAUGCCGCUAACGACGAGACGUUCGGCGACUCGGGACCCAUCAGUAAGAGCCGGAAGGGAUGAGAUAAUGGUCUGUCUGAGUGGUUUGACUGUCUGUCUGUCUGCCUGCAGGAGACGAUUGGGCUGCGUCGGCUGCGGAGAUUGACCGGAUCGAGGAGUUCCGACAUCACUUCCAUGCGGGAGAGGGUCGCACACAAAGAACCCAAUCAGGUAGAGAGUGAGAGUCAGUCCAUCGCGUGAUACAUCUGAUUGACUCUUCGUCUGCUUGUGUCAGCGACCCUACUCCCACUUGGCUCACCGGAGUCCCUCCCAGAUCGGAUGCAGCCCUCGCCAUUCGCAGUGCAGCCCGUAAGUGGCAGCAUAGCACCCAGCACUCAAGCCAUUCAUAUGGCUCCCCCACCUCCUUCUGUGUGAUUUGUCCUCGUCAGCGUCACUCUCUGGAUGUGUCCGACUACCGCCGCGAUACCGGUCUUGGCCCCCCUGAUGCCCCGCUGCCCUCCCCCGGCCCCACUGCUCUCUCAUCGCCCCCCAAUGGGGACGCCAGAUCCCUCAGCAGCCCCGCUUCGCCACCCCCGGAGGGCCUCCGUCAAUUCCUCUUUGCCAAGGCAGCCACAGUUGCGGCCAACAGGCGGGAUGAUCAGCCGCAGCCACAGCAGAGAAAGGAGGACUUGCUGCCCGACCUGAGCAGCUUGCGGGCGUCUCGCGGGGGAGGGCACUCUCUGCUGGAGCUGACUGCCACUCCCUCAAGCGCGCCGAGCCCCCCACAUGUGCCCGAUGCCGACCCCUUCCAGAGGCGGCAACCACGGGCAGACGGCGGCCAGCUCGCGUCGCCAUCGACGUCCCCUCCCCCCGGCACCUCGCCCCCCAGCGCCCUCAGCAUCGGCAUGAACAUCAGGCAGAUGCUGCCGUCACUCGCCGAGCACACGACGAGCCCUUCCCCCACCAACCCGCCGAAUGAGGGCUCUGACGGCGAGAAUUGGGGGGCGGGGUGGAGCCAGGCGGCCAACCAGGGGUCCAUCCACGAGAUCAACUGGUCGCCUGGCACGCAGGAGAAGAGGGAGGGGUCAGGGCCGGCUCCUAUCAGCCCGUUCUUCGGCGCCAUGAGCCCACUGGGCGGAUCCGGGCUGCCUGCUGUCAUGAUGGAGGCGAGAGGCGAGCAGCCGCCGACAAGGCUUGGGUCUUGGCCGGCGGCAGCUGAGGGCGGCUCGGUUGGUGCUGGCCCUGCUCGCGUCCCGUCGAUGCCCCACGCCACACCGGAACCUCUCCCACCUGCUGGGGAGCCAUCCCUCUUUCCCCCCUUCCCCUCAGCCGACCAGCCGCCCUUCCCUGCCCUCGAGCCGGCGCAUCUGCCGUUCGCCAGUCCGUCACCCGAGUCCCGUCACCCCCUCUUCCAGGAGACAGAUAUCACACGCGAGGCGCGAUCCACCACAGGUCUGUUCAACCUGCCGAGCGACUCCCAGCCCGGCCAGCAACGACCUCCCCUUCCUUUCGUCUCGUCUCCUCCAUCGGUGGACCGGCCCUUCAUGCCCCCUGAGGGCGGCGGGCUGCUCGGGGAUGCCCUUCACGGCAUGCAGCAGCCGGUGGGCAGCCGCCCCCCGCCCCCUCCCGCGUCAGCCGUGCCCAACCCACCGUUUAUGCUAGGACCGCGGAGCUCCGACACGUCGGCGACAGGCAGCAGGGGAGAAGGCGAGGUGUCUUCCCCGGCGGACAGGGGGCCUGGCGGUCCGGGCCCUGGUGGCGAGCAGAUCAACAUGCUCCAGUCGCUGGUCCAUCGCGCCAGGGGGACUGGGGAGGGCACCAUCCAGCUUGACGUCAACCAGGUGGAGGACCUCAUGAGAGCUCUCGGCGCAUCGGGCGGGGGCACCAAUCAUGUCGGCCGCCACUCGGUCCCUGCGGCGUCACGCCCCAUACCACCCAGCGGCAUGAGCCCGCCACCUCCCCCCGAGCCCUCCUCCCAGCAGACGAACCCCAUCCUCCAGCUGCUGCAGCAAGACAGACGGCACAGCGACCAAAUCGGCAUGCAGCAGCAGCAGCCGCAGAGGAUGCCACCACAAGGGGGGCGAGGGCCGCACGCCGGGUUGCCGCCGUUCGGUGGCGGGCCUGGCCCUCAGCGUGUGGGCAAGACGCCGACAAGUGGCCCGAGGGGCUUCCCCGGGGCGCCUCCCCCACCUCCGCCCCCUCCUGGGUUCGGACUGAUGGGCCGGCCGCCCGGCAUACUGCCACACCCAUCGGCGGAUGGGUUCGAACUGAUGGGCAAAACCGCCCGGCAACUGAACAUGAACAUGAACAUGGGCGGAUUUGCCGGUGAGGGAGACAACACAAAAAUGUCGUUGCAGACGCACGCACCUGCCUGUGUGCCUCGUGCUUGUGGGAUGUUUGUGGUGCCAGGUUCGCCAGUGUUUCCCCCACCCCCGCCCCCUCCCCCUCCAAUGGAGGAUGAGUAUCACGCGGGGGUUCAGUGGGCUGCCACUGGCGGCCCCGUGCCGCCCAGACGGCCUCACCGUAUCUUCCCGCUUACCAAGACACACAAGGAGCUCAUCGUCAAGGGACAGAUCGACUUCCCUGCACCGUGGUCACGGGUGAGAGUGACAAGGCACAGACAGGGGAUCACGGUUGGUGCAUCUGUGUGUGUGUGUGUGUGUGUGCAGAAGGAGAUGCCUCCUGAUGCGGGCGCGCGGCAGCUGAUGAGACGGCGGGAGAUCGACUUCAUUCUCAGGACCUUCCUCAACCUCGUAAGGCUAGAAGAAACAGAAACGGAUACCAGCUGCUGCCAGAUAAUGACAAUGAGACAACGUCUGUUUGCUUGUUUCCCUUCGUGUCCAUCAGACCUCCCGGAAUCCCUCAGUACAGCUGCCCAGCGGCCGCUUCGUCUUCCAGCACACACCUCGCCCGUCCACAGCCUCGCCACACCCAUCAGAGAUCCACCCCAGCCACGCAGGCUCCGAUGACGAGGUACCUGCCGUCGGCUCCCCAGCUGCAGAGGCCGUCACACGCGGCACCGAAACACCGGAGGAGCACGAGGGCGAGCCACAUGAGCCGCGCGAAGAGAAGCCACCCGAAGACAGGUACAUCACUCCCAAAGGCCCCCACCACCACUCUGUGUAUCUCAUGCGUCACUCCCCUCUUUUGUGUGUCUGGAUGUUUCUCGAAGCCCGCAUGUGCAUGUGGAUCACGAGGAAGAGGACGACUUCCAUCGUCGGUUCGGCGGCCGCAACUACGCCACCGUGCGUCACCCGCGGCAGAUCAUCCAGCUCGCGCCGGGUGUGGGGGCUGGCCAGGGGUUCGGUCACGUCGGUGGGCCGGAGGGGCGGACCAACGGGUCGCCUGUUGUCGACGAGAGAAUGCCGUCCAAGGCACCGCAGACGUGUGCCGAGAUCCUGGCUAUGGUAAGGGAAGAGCGAGUUGAGGAUGGCCAAUGGCGCAUCGAUGGUGUGUGGUGUGUUCAGAUCCGCACCCAUGGCGUGUCAGAGGGCAAGCUGCGUCGGUUUGUGUCUCGGUGUGUGGAGGAGGGCUACGACACUCUGAUGCACAUUGAGAGGAUCGACGAGAAAAUCAGGGAGACGCCCGCAUUCAACACCCCACAAGUCGACCGACUCAACACCGACAAGAGGUAUGAAAUGCGUCAACCAAAAAAAACUUUGCCUCCGAUCAUUUUUGCCAUCCAUGCACCCUCACAGGAAGGCGAUCAGCUGUCUGUACGGCUGGGCCACCGGGAGAUCACUGCGAACCGAAGACGGCCAACUCGACUCAGACGAGGGUCGUAUCAACGGACUCACAGCACCAUCAAGGGUGAGCCAACACACCCACUCCCCCCGCCUGCAUACACACGCAUCGAUGGGUGUCCGUCAGGAGAGCGAGACACCGUCCGAGCAGGAGGGCGGGGAGGGGCCGGCUGCGCCGGUGCGCGCAUCGUCAAUCGACACUGUUGGCACGGGCAGCAAGGCCGAGUGGUUGCUGGAGAAGAUUCUCCGCAUCGGCAAGGGUCAGCGGCUGGUGGGGCGGCUGCUGGGCCACCUGGUGGACGACUUGCGGGACCAAGACAAUGUCAAACCUGCACUUGCAUACGUGCUCCAGGUGAGUACACCCACACAGCAGCACACACAUCUGCUUUGGUGUACUUUGCCCAUGGGUGGCUGUGUGUGUGUAGAUGGUGGUUCGGACGCCCUCAUUCUUGCGCGAGUGCAUGGCAUCGCUCGACACGAGCCAGGCGGCCCCAAAAGCACCGCCAGCAGCAGCGGCAGCCAGGGAGAGACCCGACAUGCCCAUGCCCCCUCCCCCGCCACCCCCACCGCCCCCCAAGCUCCCCGCGCUCGCGCAGCUGGCCGACGCGUCCCUCAAAGCCAUGCAGCGACUCUCCACGCCCGAUGAGGUGGGUGAGACAGGCAGACACCGGGAGGAAUCUAGCGGCAAGGAGGUAGACUAGAGUAGGUCAGGCAGUCCUUGGUAUGUUGGUUCGCGGUCCAUUGCCACGGAGUGAUUUCGCGAGUUUUGAUCGAAAUGUUCUCCGCCAGUGACACGCGUAGACAGCCUUUGCGCCUCUGCAAGGAACCUCUGCCUGAUCUGAGCGAAAGGACGGCAGGGGGCCGAAGCUUGGGCACACUCUCACCACAGCCAGCUGCAUGUUCAUGCCCUCUUGCUUUUGGACACCAGAAAUGUCUCUUUGCUGUCGUCUUGUGGUGUGUGUGCUCAGGAUGGUUGGGAUUGGUGCUGUUGUCUGCUUGGUCGGAUGCUCGAGGGCGUCGACAGACAGACGCUGGCGGCGCUGCUGCACCACAAGGUACGCUCAAGACAACACGCCACCACUCACACAGGGAGGCCGCCCCUGAUGCGCAUGAUGGUUGGUAUGCCGUCCGUGUGCAGGGUGGAGUUCGCUCUCUGCGCAUCCUCACCGAGCGCCUGCCUCCAGUGACCGACCCCGACACCCCGCAAACAGUCAAGUAGGCACUCAGGCACCAAUCGAAUGUGACACAUCCGUGCCUUCGUGGAGCGCCUUAUUCCCACGACCGGUGUGUGCUGUGUUGUGUGUCAGGUCGACACUUUUGUCAUACGGGCAGACGAUCGGUGGCGGCGUGCUGCAGGCGAUCGUGCAGGUGUGCAUCAACGAGAGACCCCAGGAGGCACUCGAACAGCUCAGUCGGGCUGAUCACGGUAAGUACGAUCGAUGGACCACUCACGCGCACCGCACAGGAAGGACCAGGUGGCGUAGGUUGCGACUGUGGCUGUGCGCUCCUGUGUGGAUUGGAUGUGCAGGUCAUCCUGAGGGCCACACGAUUGGCUUGGUGCGUCUACUAUCCUUCCUCUACACGCAAGCCGACGACAAGCAGAGGACGCUGCUCAAAGAGCCUCUCACGCGUCUGGUCCCAUCCUUCGUCCCAUCCCAGACUGGCCAAGUGGUCAACGAGAUCUUCUCGCACCUGGACACGGCUGGCGGGGGUCCGAAUGGACCCAGUCUCGGGCUAUCGGCUCUGUCAACAUAAUGCAUGGACUCACUCGCGAUAUGUAUGCGCAAUCAAUCAAUGGCGGCAUUCAGGCAGGAGGCGGUCUGCGUGUGGUGUGGGUGGGUGGGUGGGUGGGGAAGGCUGUCGAUUCGUGUGCCGCUUUGUGCGGCUGAUUUUCCAUCCAUCCAUCCAUCGAUCCAUCCAUCCAUCCUGUGUGUGUGUGCAUGCAUGCUCCUACCUAUUUCUUAUGUGCAUGAAAGUGACUGACUGACUACCUACCUGUGGUACAGCAGACGAAGCUGGCUGAUUGAUGCAUCCGUCCAUCCAUCCAUGUGUGGUGAGUGGUAUUUGUGUGUGCGCGAACUUGUACGUGUACGUGUGCAUGUGUCUGUGUGCGUGUCCGUGAGUGAGUGACCAGAGAGAGGUCCGUCAUCAUAAAGGGCCGUCAUGUCAUUCCCUCUCUGCUACCUGAUGAGUGUUCGUGUCGUGUUGUGCUGUGUGUCGUGUCACGACUCGUGUGUAUGAUAUGUGUGUGCUGUGUGCGUGACCAUGUGCAUUGCAUGUGUGUCGUGAUUUUAAUGUAGGUCCGUCCGUUCAUGACAAUCAGACAAUUCUGAGAGACGUCACUUCAUGCUUUCAAUGUCCAUCCAUGAAAUGAAUGCGUCCGUCCAUCCAUCCGUCCGUCCAUGGUACAUGUGCCAUGCCAUGCCAUGUUCUAUGAAUUCUGUGGUGCC